AUGCUCGAUGGAGGCGAGGCCGUCUGGAGCACCACAGUUAGGGCCGGAGGCAAUGUCUGCGACGAGGCUGAGGGAGGUGAUCCGCGACCCUCUCAGCAUGUAGUCGCGGCGAUGCUCGAUGGAGGUGAGGCAGGUUCGGAGUACCGCGGCGAGGCUGGAGGUGAAGUCAAUGGCGAGGCUGAGGGAGGCACAUCCGCGACCCCCUUACCAUUUAGUCGAGGUGAUGCUCGAUGCAAGCGAGGCUGGCUGGAGCAUCGCAGCAAGGCUGGAGGUGAAGUUGACGGCGAGGCUGAGGAAGGCACGUCUGCGACCCCCUCAGCAGGUGCCACGACGUUGUUCAACAAAGGUGGGGCUGUCCAGAGCACUGCAGUGAGGGCUGGAGGCAAUGUCUAUGGCGAGGUUGAGGGAGGCAAUCCACGACCCUCUCAGCAUGUAGUCGCUGUAAUGCUUGACAGAGGCGAGGCCUGUUCAGAGUGUCAUGGCGAGGACAAAGGCGAAUUCGAUGGCAAGGUUGUGGGAGGCGCGUCCACGACUCCCUCAUCAUGUAGUCACGGUGAUGCUCGACCCAUGCAGUGCGGUUCAGAGUGUCACGAUGAGGCCGGAGGAGGCGCGUCUGCGACCCCCUCAACAGGAGCCGUGGUGACACGCGACGGAGGUAGUGCGGUUCGGAGCCCUACGACAACGAGGCUCAAGGGAGGUAGGGCUAUUCAGAGCCCCGCGACGGUGGCCAGAGGUGAUGUCGAUGGCGAGGCUGAGGGAGGCGCGUCCGUGACCCCCUCAGCGGGAGCCGCGGUAAGGCUUGACGAAGGCAGUGCGGUCUGGAUCCCCGCAACGGCGAGGCUCGACAGAGGCAGGGCCAUCCGGAGCACCUCGACGAGGGCAACAGGUGAAGUCGAUGGCGAUGUCGAGGGAGUCAGUCCCUAA